AUGAUGGGACGUGUGAACAGCCAGCUGCUGCGGGUGGUGCAGGACAGGUCUGUGGCCAACGGCGAGAAGUUGCAGCGGCUGUACAAGUUGAUCAGUGCUACGGGGUCUAAGACUGCUACAGCUACAACUACUGCUACAACUACAACUACUGCUACUGCUACUGGUGGAGGCCGGGUGUUGGCGCUGGAUAGCCACGUACACCGGUGGUUUAACACGCAUGUGCGUGGGAGCAAGUUCUACUCGCACUACCACUUUCUGAUCAAGCACGGUGUGCACCUGGCGCAUGCCACGCGGUUCUUCAACAAGCUGCUGACGGGCUCCGAGGUGGAGUUCCAACUGGCGACGUUCCAGAUAUUCCUGAUCAACGAGGAGAACCAGCAGGUGUUUUUCGAGAAGUUCCACAGGCUCUACACCUUCGACAUGAUGCUGCAGAUAUUCGACAGGCUCAUCGCGCGCCGGGACUUCCGGUACGUCAAGUUCUACCUGGCUGCGCUGACGAGGAAGAUGUCGGAGCUGGCCACGGACAGGACGCGCACGGUGCAGGACGCUGAGCUCAUGUACAUAAAGUUCAACAACUCGCUGCUCUACUACCUGCUGAUGGAAGGCAACGUACCGAUGUUCCUGCGCACGUUCAAGAACGAGGUCGAGUACAUCAAGAGCAGCACGCUGCAGAACUCGGACAGCGCGGAGGUCCAGCAGGCGCUGCUGAAGCCCGUGCACUUGUUCGUGCAGAUGCUCCGCAAGAACAACUCCCCGGACCUCAUAUUCGAGCUGCUGCCCGCGCUGCAGACCAAGUCCCGGAGCAAAGUGUUCAAUGCUUACUUGACCAGCACAGUUGCGUCGACGAUACGGACUUUCAACGACCCUACGCUGAUGCUCAAGUUCCUGCUGACCACGGCGAAGGGCACGAAGUUCCCGGAGUUGCUCAACGAGCUGGGGCUGUGGCGGUACAUAGUGCACGGCGAGCCCGGCAAGAUCGAUCCCAAGUCGCUGCAAGAGGACAGAGACAAGUUUGAGAAAGCGAACAGCGUCUCUGCGUUGAAGGCCAUGAAGCGCGUUGACGUUGUGCUGCUGACGGAGCUGUACCGCGUGUUUCUGUCAUAUAGCUCGAGUGUGAUGAGUCCCGAUAAGUUCAGGCACUGCUGCAUCGACCUGUACUCCCACUACGUGCAGUUCUGCGAGCAGAACAAGCACAAGCUGCGAGGAUGGAAGUUCGACACGGGUGUCCUGAACGUUAUCCUGUACCACAUCCGGUACCGGCUGAGGGACGACAAGCUCGCGUAUGAGGUGCUGGUGGACUUCUAUGGGCGGGAAAGCAUGGUGCAGAGCGUCAAGAAUACCGCGAAGAAGUGUCCCUUCUCCAUGGUGAUCUACGACAACGGCACUGUCACCACGCAGCAGUUGCACGCGUUGCUGCAGUUGAUGCAGCGGUACAACGUGCCGUUGAGUUUCCAGAUAUGCUACACGAUGGUCAAGCGACUGCUGCAGAUGAACGAGCCAGAGCAAGCGUUUGAGUGGUACACCCGGAUACUAGAGAGCGGGUUUGAUGUCAGACACCACGGGCUCGUGGAGCUCGUUUUGCAACAAGGCUGGUCCCUGCCACACCAUUUCAACCACGAUCUGCUGGAGGACGACAAGCUCGAUAGCAUCAUCGAGGAAGAGCCGACGGAGGAGUGUGCGGAGCUCGUGGAGGACGUGAAGGAACUGAUGCAGAGUGUAUAG